AUGGCGGCUGUUGACUGGCUACGGCAGGAGUCCGCCUUUCAAAGGCCUCCGGCGGCUUCCAUCCCCUCCCCACGCGUUUCCUUCCCUCAAGAAUUUAUCUGCCCACUUUCUAGCGAGGUUAUGCGCGACCCCGUCAUAAUCAGCUCCGGCAAAAGCUUCGAGCGCGUCUACAUCGAGCGCUGGUUCGCGCAAGGAAGGUCCACUUGUCCCAAAACCGGCGAGCCGCUCGCCCACCAGAUGCUCACUCCCAACGAGGCGCUUCAGAAGCUCAUCUCCGAUUGGUGUAAAUCUCACAUGGUCACGCUCAAGCCUCUCCGCCCGUCGAGCCCGCUGACGCCAGCUGCGGAGAAUACGCGCAACCCGUCGAUUCCGCCAUCCCCCGGCGCUUCUGGAGAACAGUUCAAUCUGGCGAAGGCUCGGGCAGCAGCAGCGGCGGCAGCGGAUCGCGCAGCCGCAGGUUCCGCCGAGAGCUCCGCCGCGACCGGCGGCGGAGGCAGCGCGGCGUCGCCAAGAAUAUCCCCGCUGUCGGUUCUCGAGCGGCGCCAUUCCAUGCAAUCCAGUAGUGACGGCAGCUCCGCUGCAGGCGCUUCGACCACGGGCAGCUCAGCAGGCGGUUCAGGUCCUGCCGCGGUAGAGACGCCUAAUAAACUCAACAAUUCCUCCUCUGCUAACGCCUACGUUUCCGCCGGUCCCGCCGCUGCGAACAUGCCGCCAGCUAUUCCUAAGCAUCUUCGGCCAAGUGCGAACGACGGCCCUCUUCAACGGACGAUGUCGCCCCGUAGGAAAGGGGAGCUGUCGCCUGCAACUCCGUGCGACGCUUCUGCGAGCCCGAGGAUGCUGCCUCGGAAUAGCAGCGACCCGUGGCUGUCGUCUGCGGAUGAAGAUGCGAAGAACGACGAAGCGCUCGGGUCGUUCUUGGCUGGAAACACGGGGGGUAACGCGGGAAGGGCGCAGCGUCAGGGGUCGCGUCGCGGAUCCGCGUCGCCGCAGGAGACGGUGCCGUAUUCGAAGCAGUUUCUAAGCGCGACUCCGACGCGACGAAGCCGGCGCACGAGCGAGCAGGGCUCUGUUACUGAGAUGCGACCUUUAAUCGACGCUCUGCGAACGGGCGACGUCGCACAACGUCGUGAGGCGGUUCAUACGCUGAGGAUCGCGCUGAAAGAGGCGCCGGAGAAUCGCACGCGAUUGGUCGCCGCGGGGGGCAUCCGACCGUUGAUGCAGAUGCUGCUGUCAACGGACGGUCCGAUCGUCGAGCAAGCGUCGGCCGCGACACUCUACCUCUCUCUUCAAUGGGACGGCGCCAUGGAAGUCGUCUCCGCCGGCGGCGUUAGGAACCUGGUCGAAGUUUUAAAGACAUCGCGCGGCGGGAUGUGUUUAACUCCGAGGGGUGCUAAUGAUGCAAGCAACGGCUCGUUGAUGAGUCCUAGACCGGACGGAUCGUUCGAGGCGACUGAGGUGGCGAAAUCGAACGCCGCGGCGGCACUCUUCGCGCUAUCGAAUGCGGAGGAAAACAAGAAGGUUGUGUGGUCGGCUGGAGCUGUCCCGCCGCUGAUUAAUCUCCUCCGUAAGGCGACGUGCGCGCGCACCAAGAAGGAUUGCUGCCUUGCGCUUUACAACCUGUCGUUAUUUCCGAAAGCUGCGGAGGACGCAAUUAAACACGGGCUGGUUCGCCAAGUGUUUGCGCUGCUAGAAGGGGAGGACGAGGCGGGAGUGGAGGAAAAAGCGGCGGUGUUGCUUUGCGCGUUAGUUAAGUACCCGCAGGGUGUUUAUGCGUUGAGAAAGGAGGAAGACGUGGAGUUUACCCUUAUCGGGAUUAUGGAAUCUGGACUUCCAUCGCAGCUGCAAGCGCUUUUCUCGCUAUUGCAGCAGCAGGCGCCCGGUACAAUUGCUACAUCGACGAACUAUAAUUUUGCGUCCGUAAAAACGGAUAAGCAGAAAGAGGCAGUUGCAACUCGCACCACCAAGGUCGCCCGCGCCACCACCGCCGUUCCUGCGCCCGCCCUGCCUACUGAACCAGUUCAAGUUCCUGCAAUUGACGACAGCGACAACUCGGACAAUGACGACGGUGAGGCCCCCGACAACCUUGCCCGCCGUCGCAUUCUUGCACCCGCACCCCCCCUACCUCCCCUUAACCCGUCACCCACAGCUACUACCUUCAUGCGCAAAGGAGUGCGCGACCAGGCAGAGGUAUUUUCUGCAAUUCAAGCGCACCUGAGGCAUGUCGAGUUCAAGCUCCGCAACGGCGACGUCGAGGGCGCACUCUCCAACGUGGCGCAAGUCGAAACGCUCAUCAACAAACGUUUCGAGGUGCUCUUGGUGGCGGACGAGGCCGGGUUUGAGGCGGCGGAUCGGUUCCAGCUCUACCAAGCCAAGAGCGUCCUCACGUCGCGCUCUUACAAGCUUGCGGUAGCCGACGUGGCGGCCCUCAAGCGUGCACGCACCGGCUUCGCCCGCGGAGGUCGCCUUCCCGCUCGAGAUGGCGAACCGGAGAGCAAGGGCAUGCCAACCGUGAGCUGCCACGAGCCCCGCUUCAAGGGCGUGUGCUUCUGUUGUGGCCAGCCCGGACACAUGGCAAACAAUUGCCCUAUGGGAAGGUGUGGCGCACAAGGCCCCGCACCCGUGGUGUGA